AUGCUAUAUAUUGACCAAGACCCCGACUUUGAGAAUAUGGGCUACGCUUUUAGCAGAUUAGAGAUGGAAACUGAGGCUUUCGAUGGCUUGGGUUCGAACGAAGAGCCUAUCGAAAGCCCUCGGUCCAAUAGACAGUCGAGCUUAUUGGACAACGAUAUAGCUCAGCUGACUAAGCUUCAGUCAGGCCCACAAGAGAAUCUGAGCCGUGUUUUUCCGGGGAGGCGUGAAUUUACUGUUUCGCCCCUGAAGAUGUUGGCUGGGAGAGAAGCUAACCUCUCUGGAAAAGGGCGGUUCACGUCCGGUGACCGCCGGCAUGUUCUGAGCAGAUAUCUGCCGGUCAAUGGCCCGUCAAUUGUUGACCAUAUGUCGACAAGAGCUUACGUGUCUCAGUUUUCGGCCGAUGGGUCCCUUUUUGUUGCUGCUUUUCAGGGGAGUGAAAUUAGAAUAUACGAUGUGGAAAGAGGAUGGAAAGUUCGAAAGAAUGUUCUAGCUCGAAACUUGAGGUGGACAAUUACGGAUACGUCCCUGUCUCCCGAUCAAAGACACCUUGUUUAUGCUAGCAUGUCACCAAUCGUACACAUUGUCGAUAUCGGGUCCUCCACAAGAGAUUCUCUAGCAAACAUCAAUGAAAUCCAUGAAAGCCUUGAUUUCUCGUGUCCUGAAGAUAGGGGAUAUUCUUUCGGAAUAUUCUCUCUGAAGUUCUCGAACGAUGGCCGUGAAAUUGUAGCUGGAAGCAGUGAUGAGGAUAUUUACGUUUAUGACCUUGUAGCUAAUAAACUCUCCCUCCGAAUCUCUGCCCAUACGUCCGAUGUCAAUACUGUAUGCUUUGCUGAUGAAAGUGGCCAUCUCAUUUAUUCGGGAAGUGAUGACAAUUUUUGUAAGGUUUGGGAUAGACGGUGCCUUCGGUCUAAUAGCUCUCCCGCAGGGUACUUGACGGGCCAUCUUGAAGGUAUCACGUUUCUCGAUAGCCGUGGAGAUGGCCGUUAUUUAAUAUCCAACGGGAAAGAUCAAGCUAUCAAACUCUGGGAUAUACGAAAAAUGUCGUCUAAUGCUACUUGCUAUCAAGCAUACAGAAAUUAUGAAUGGGAUUACAGAUGGAUGGAUUAUCCUUCCCAAGCAAGAAACCUAAAGCAUCCGUAUGAUCAGUCGAUAGCUACUUAUAAAGGUCACUCGGUUUUACGUACUCUCAUCCGUUGCUACUUCUCGCCUGAGUACAGCACGGGGCAGAAGUAUAUCUACACUGGAUCUCAUGAUUCGUACAUCUAUAUUUAUGAUUUGAUAAGUGGGGACCAGGUCGCGAAAUUGAGGCACCAUAAAUCGACAGUUCGGGAUUGCAGCUGGCACCCGACCUACCCGAUGCUUGUGAGCUCGUCUUGGGAUGGGGACAUUGUGAAGUGGGAAUUCCCGGGAAAUUUGGAGGUGCCGCCUCCCGCCAACAAGACGAGGCCAAGGAGGAGAUAUUUCUUUUAUUAA